AUCCUCACUCCUCAGUGCGCCUGCUCUCCUCUGCUCGACGACAACGACGACGACUGACUCAUCUCUCUCUCACACUCGAAGACUCAGAUCUUCAAUCUUCCUUGAUCGUUUGAUCCUUCAAUCGAGACCAGUGUUCCUUGUUCGGCAGAUAUCUCUAGUCUGAGACACAUCAGGACCAGAUAAUCUGAUGGAAGGGUUGAUUAGUCCACGAAUUAGCCCGGUUCGUGCUUAUUGUAGGCAACAAUAUUCUUGUUUUGUUCCUAAAUUUAUUCAGACAGGGACGAAAAGAGUGUCUGUUAGUCCAAUUGGGAUGAUGAAACAACCAAAAUCAUUCAAUUCGGUAGCUGCUUCAGUUCAGCCACUAGAAGCCUCACUAAUGGGCGGCUUUGACAACACAGUACCAUCCAAAGAGGUUCUUGAGGUGUGGCGAAAUGCCAAAGCCGUAUGCUUUGAUGUGGACAGCACAGUCUGCCUAGAUGAGGGUAUUGAUGAACUUGCAGAAUUUUGUGGAGCUGGAAAGGCAGUUGCAGAGUGGACUGCUAGGGCAAUGAAUGGCUCUGUGCCUUUUGAGGAAGCUUUGGCUGCCAGACUCUCUCUAUUUAACCCUUCGCUGGCUCAAGUCCAGGAUUUCCUUGAGAAGAGACCUCCAAGAAUUUCUCCUGGAUUAGAUGAAUUGAUCAAGCAGCUGAGGGAUAAUGGUACAAGUGUCUAUCUGGUCUCUGGAGGCUUUCGCCAAAUGAUCAAUCCCGUUGCAUCUAUUCUUGGCAUACCGCUUGAAAACAUUUUUGCCAAUAAACUACUGUUUGGGAGCUCUGGAGAGUUUUUGGGGUUUGAUACAAAUGAGCCAACUUCAAGGAGUGGAGGAAAAGCUACUGCAGUUCAACAGAUAAGGAAGGCUCAUGGAUACCAGUCAUUAAUCAUGAUUGGGGAUGGCGCAACUGAUCUUGAGGCUCGACAACCAGGAGGUGCUGAUUUGUUUAUUUGCUAUGGGGGAGUGCAACUUCGGGAGACUGUUGCUGCUAAAGCUGAUUGGCUGCCCAGGGACAUUAUGAAGGAGGUUGAAGUUUCAGAGGAAUCCGUAGUUGUUAUUGUAAUAGUGAAGGCAAAGGAGUUUCUCCUAUUUUCCAGAGAUUCACCCUUCUGA